AUGCAGAAAAUGCAAAAGCUUGGCAUCAUCAAUCAUCGUCACCAUCUUCUGAUUCUGCUGCUGCCUCAUAGAUCUUAAGCUUUGAGCUUCUCAACCAACAUUUUUUCUCCUUAACUGAUUUUAAUUUAUGUAAUAUAUAAAUUUAUAUCUUACUUGAUCUGUUGGAAUCGAAGGGGGUGAAGAAUUGUUUCGGGUUUUGGAAAUUUUUAUUUUCAGAGAAGAGAAAGAUCAGGGGGUUUGAUUAGAUCGAGCAAGAGACUUGAACUUGCGGAUGACGAACGAGGUUUAGGACUGAAAAUGUGGAUCCUGUAAAGGCAUUGAUUCGAUCGAGAAAGAGGAAAAUAAGAAAAGGUAAUUUUACAUGUUAUCAGCUCAAGGUGGAUCAACUUUUUGCUUUGCCAUUGGAGAAGAACGAAGAAGCUUAAAGGUGAAGUAGCUUUUUCGGGGUUUCUGGCUCCAGCAUAUGUGACCAAUUAUUAAAGCACAUUAUUGAGGUAUCUUGUACUAGCGCUCAAGGUUUAUAUACUCCAAGUGGAGUUGGCUGGACUGGAACCUAGCACUUCUGAUUAUAUUCAAGAAAGUUACAUCUCUGAAAGUGGAAGAUUGUUUGUAACUUCUGAUCUAACUCUGACACAAGAAAAUGGGAAUUCAGUGCUCCACACUCAUUCCAUGCUGUGUGAAUUCACAAGUGAAGGCAUCUGCUCUUGAGGCUCUUGAUGCUGUUACCGAGGAUACAAGUGACGGCAAUAACUGGCCUGCAUUCCGUGAAUAUACAUUUGAGCAACUUAAGAAUGCAACAUCUGGUUUUGCUGUGGAGAAUAUUGUAUCUGAACAUGGGGAGAAGGCUCCAAAUGUUGUUUAUAAGGGAAGCUGGAGAAUCAAAUGAGAAUUGCUGUUAAGCGGUUCAAUAGAAAUGCUUGGCCUGAUGCCAGCCAAAUUUUGGAGGAGGCAAGGUCAGUUGGUCAGCUCCGUAACCAAAGAUUGGCAAAUUUGCUUGGUUGUUGUUGUGAAGGUGAUGAGAGGUUGCUUGUGGCUGAAUAUAUGCCAAAUGAAACACUUGCCAAACACCUUUUUCAUUGGGAAACACAACCUAUGAAAUGGGCAAUGCGAUUGAGAGUCGUUCUAUAUAUUGUGCAAGCUCUAGAAUACUGCACAAGUAAAGGGCGUGCUCUCUAUCACGACCUUAAUGCAUAUAGGGUUCUUUUUGAUGAGGAUGGUAAUCCUAGGCUUUCAAGUUUUGGCCUCAUGAAGAAUAAUAGGGUCGGGAAAAGUUACAGCACGAAUUUGGCCUUUACCCCACCAGAGUAUCUGAGAACUGGGAGAGUAACUCCAGAAAGUGUAAUUUAUAGCUUUGGUACUCUUUUACUUGAUCUUCUUAGCGGGAAGCACAUCCCCCCAAGCCAUGCCCUUGACUUGAUUCGGGACAGAAAUCUUCAGCUGCUGACAGACUCUUUUGUGGAAGGACAGUUUUCUGAUGAUGAUGGAACUGAGUUGGUACGCUUGGCAUCUCGAUGUCUACAGUAUGAACCUAGAGAACGGCCAAAUCCCAAGUCACUUGUGGCCGCAUUGGCGCCACUUCAGAAAGAAACAGAGGUUCCUUCACAUGUCUUGAUGGGUGUUCCACACAGCACUACUUUCGCUUCAUUCUCCCCACUUGGUGAAGCAUGCUCAAGAAAAGACUUGACUGCUAUACAUGAAGUUCUGGAAAAUAUUGGCUAUAAAGAUGAUGAAGGAGUGACAAACGAGUUAUCAUUCCAAAUGUGGACUGAUCAAAUGCAGGACUCGCUAAAUUGUAAGAAAAAGGGGGAUGUUGCUUUCCGGCAGAAAGAUUUCCGACUUGCUAUUGAGUGUUACACACAGUUCAUUGAUGCUGGAACAAUGGUUUCUCCAACAGUCUAUGCACGGCGCAGUUUAUGCUAUCUGAUAAGUGACAUGCCUCAAGAAGCUCUGAAUGAUGCAAUGCAAGCACAAAUUAUCUCUCCGGUAUGGCAAAUUGCAUCAUAUCUUCAAUCGGUGGCUCUCGCCAAGAUUGGGAUGGAGAAUGAAGCUCAAGUAGCACUUAAAGAGGGCACAACACUGGAAGCCAAGCGAAAUGCAGCUAAUGGAUCAAAGUGAGGAGCCUGUACAGAGAAUUUCUUGCUGGUUUUUUUCUACAUCAUGACCACCCACACUACAAUUGACUACGAGUUUUACAUGGGAGAGUGAAACAUGCGUUUGAAGAAUUCUUCAAAGAAACAACGGUUGGUGAGUAUUGGUAAACACCCCCUACUGGGGUGGUAACGUGUUGCAUUUUGGUUGUUUUUUUUUUUUUUUUUGGUUUAGUUCGAUAAAUUGAGCACGAAUCCACAGCAUUUUUUUUGCAUCUAUAAAAGAAAAUCAAAAUACACGAAAAACGUGGAGUUAUUUUAUUCGGUUCUGAAAUUUUCGUGUAUCAUUAAACAAUAUUUGAUUUUUCUCUUGUGCAAACCAUUUGCCGGAACUCAAAUCAUAAUUUUGCGCAA